AUGCGAUGGUGUUUAAGUGUGCUGUAGCUCUACGCUAGCUGAACAGAUAGAGCAGCAGAAGCCGCGACUGGAGGACAUUUUAGAUUCAAAAUAUUUAAUUGAAGAUCAUUUUUAUACAUCACAGUGCCUGAUUGAAGACAAGACAAGAAGAUGGGAGCAUCCGAGUCUCUUCAAGAGAAAAGGAUUGUUCUUCUUGGGAAAACUGGAGAUGGCAAGAGCAGCGCGGGGAACACGAUUCUCAAACAAGAGGUAUUCAAGAGCAAAGCCUCACCUGAAUCUGUGACAGUCGAAUGUGUCAGCGGAGAUCGAAAGGUUUAUGGAAAGAAGAUCACAGUCAUCGACACGCCUGGACUCUUUGAUACUGCCAUCGAUGAGGAGACCAUUAAAUCUGAGAUCAUUAGAUCAGUGAUCGAAAGCUCUCCAGGUCCAGACGUGUUCACCAUCGUCCUGAAGGUCGGCAGACACACAGAACAAGAAAUGGAGAUUGUGGAUAAAAUUGUCGAAUGUAGCGGAGAAGAUACCUUUAAUCACUCUGUGGUUUUGUUCACUCAUGGAGAAAACCUAGAAGGUCAAACCAUCGAGGAGUUUGUGAAGAUGAGUCCAAAGCUUCAGGAGCUGGUUAAUAAAUGUGGCGGUCGCUGUCACGUCAUUGACAGCAAGUACUGGAAGAAACAAAAAAUAGGAUACAGAAGCAACAGAGUCCAGGUGAAGAAACUCUUGGAGACCAUCGAGGAGAAGCUGAAGGACAACAAGGACAGCUGCUACACCAAUGAGCUGCUCCAGACGGUGGAGGAGGAAAUUCAACAGGAGGUCAAGAACAUGGAUAAAGUUAGUUUGUCUCCUGAUGAGAAACGGGAGAUCGCGAAAAAGAUUGUGCAUAAGAAACUUCUCAUUCGACUUGCUGGAGUUGCUACAGGGACUCUGACUGGAGCCUUUCUGGGCAUCGGAGUUGCUUUGGCAUCUGUUGUUCCUUUACUGAAAGCUGCAGCAACAGCAGGAGCCGCAGCAGUCGAAGCUUCAGGACUAGCGGCUGGAGCCUCAGGAUUAGCAGCCAUAGCCUCGGGGCUAGUGAUUGGAACUGCAGGUCUAGCGGCAGGAGCUUCUGGAUUAGCAGCGGGAACAGUGGCAGUGGAGGCAGGGGUGGUCACCGGUGUCAGUGCAGGCAUUGGAGCAGGUCUUGGAGCGGCUGCUGGUUCAGGAAUCACGGCAGGGAUUGUUGUUGGAGCCGCAGCUCUUGCCGGAGCAAUUGGUGGAGGAAUUACUGGAUGCAAAGCAGCGGAUGAAUGCGAUUCGGUGCGUGACGCCAUUAAAAAUGCAGCAAAGUUAAACUAUGAGAAUGCCAAAGGUGUGGUGAAAAAAGCAGAAAACCUCAGCACAAACUUUUGAAAAUCGAAAAGAAUGAUGGUUAGGGAUUGAACCAACGUCUAUUAAUCUAUGCCCAAAGUUUCACAGACAAGCUUAAGAGCCAGUAUACUUCAAACAAUAAUGAAGAACAAACUGAACUCAUGUAAAAAUCAGCCAAAGUUUGUUUUGGCAGUUCGAAACAGCCCACCAAAGCGACCUUUUGGGGAGUUAGUUUUGGUUUCUAAACACAUUUGCACUACCAUUGAUGCUAGAAUUACCCGAUCAUGGGUGUGUUCUGAACUCUAAGUUCUUAUUUGUAUCUCUCACGGAGGUCUAACAGGAGAACAACAUCCCACACAACAUGUUAACAACGUGAAUACACUGGAGAGUCGAGUAGCUGACUGGUUUGAUCACUUGCAGAGAGAUUUUAAAGACUUAAAGGGCAUCAAACACAAGAUGAUAAGUGCCAUCACGUCUUUCAAAGUUAUAAACACUGUCUAUUUGCUGCAGACAGAAACUUGGACAAAGUAGGGUAUGUAGUGCGGAAGGUGUUCGAAGGUUUGUAAACAGUAUACUGUAACGUUUUACAGCGUUUUCUAACUUUUUUUUGCCCUCAAACAAAUGAAAAUGAACUUCAUUUGAAUUAUACAGAGGUCUUAAAGGGUGGUCCUAGAAUUAAUUGCAUGUUUGAGUGGUCUUAAAGGUGGCAGAAUGAAUAUUUGAGUAUCAUACCUGCCAACACUCCUGUUUUCACCGGGAGUCUCUUGUAUUUCAGACACAUCUUCUGCCACCCUCCCGUUUUGUUAUUACUCCCAGAAAACUCCAAUAAUUUUACCCCCUUAAGUUGGGUCGCCAACUUAAGUAUAGUAUACCGAUCGCAGCGGGUGCCCGAAACCCGCUCCAUAGUACAGAAACCGCUUCAUAACCACAGGACAAUUACUUACCCGGUUCUCAACAGUGUUAUUCAGACACCUCACCCCUGAAUGCAAUAGCAAAUAAUGUUCAGUACAUGAAAAGGCAUAUCAUGAAGCUUCAAACAACAGAGUUUUCCUGUUCUUGUGUAAAUCCCAUGAAUAUUCAAUCCCAAUGAAAGAAAGGCCAAUCAGAACAAAACACAUUUCCCAGGGGAUGAUUGAGUUAAUGAACUCUAUGGCACCUUUAACUGAAAACAACUUGCAAUGAGAUAUCUUAAAAUACAUCAAUGCCAUUGAUUAGUCUCAAGAUGCACACCAGUUAUGCAUUUCUAAGUCACUUUUAUAAAAACUACCUCAAUGUCCUGAUUUAUCAAAGGUAUCCUGGUUGAAUCUAAACCUUGUUUGUGAAACUGUCUUCAAAUGUUUUGCUUUAUUUUGUGUUGUCUGCAUGGGGAUGUUUGGCACAUUAUAAUAUUUUAUAAACUGUUGGGUCAAAAUUUUAUUGGUUGCAUUGCAUUUGAAGAUUGAAUUUUUUAAUAUUGGUUUAUUCUUAAUUUAGGUGCAGGGAAAACAUAAUUACAUAAAGCUGACAGGGCAGAUCAGUUUUUAAUCUGUGAUUAUUAAAAUUUUCUUUGUUUGUUUUUUAAUUCUACAAGGUUUGUUUUUAAUUCUCACUUGUAUUUUGAUCAUCCAGUCACAUUAAAUAAUUUAUCAGAGUUUA